AUGGUAGAUCAAGCCAGAAUUCGCGUGGCCUUGUUUAAGAACGAGCACCACCCAACGAUUAGCGAACAAAUUUUGAUCGACCCCAGAAUGGAAAAAGAAGAAUUAUUGAACUUGUGCUCUGAAAAGCUUGGAAUUCGAGCCAAAAAGAUUUUUAAUGAGGCUGGUGUUUUGCUUAACUCUUUUGGAAACCUCUCAGAUGGUGCCCAUCUCUAUAUUUCUCAAGGGGAAAAUUUUCAAGUGGCCAUAAGCGAAAGUAAUCAAGCAAAACAAAGCAAAAAAUAUGUGAUCGCAAUGCUGGGAGCAGCUGCUGUGGGGAAAUCAGCUGUCACCAUGAGAUAUGUAUCAAAUAAGUUUGUGAGAGACUAUGAUCCCACGAUAGAAAAUUAUUACACUAACUCCCCUCCAUGAUCGAAAAAAACAUCAGAAAUCUUAGUUUUAUGUGAAAUUAGCAUCUUCUGUAGGCAAACAAACAUUUUUAAUAUUUAUUAUAUUGAGAUUCUAUCAAAUUUUAGAGAGAUUGAAUUUGAAAAACAAUUAUUUUAAAUUUUUGUUUCAUGGAGAGGAUAAGACAACUCAAAUUGAAGGAGAACCUACAGUGAUUUCAAUUUUAGACACCGCAGGUAUGGAGGAUUAUUAUCCGCUUAUAGAUGACUGGAUCGACAAAAAAGAUGGUUUUGUCCUAGUCUACUCAGUUGAUGUCCCUGAUUCACUCAACAGACUCAAAUACUUCCAUGAAAAAAUCCUCCAUCGGUAUUCACAUCAGGGCAACAAAGGCCCAGUCAUUGUAAUGGCUGCCAAUAAGGUUGAUUUACCUACCAGAAACAUCAGUGCAGAGGAAGGCAGGAAGUUCGCUGAAAACUUGGGAGUCAGACAUAUAGAAGUAUGCCAUUUGAAAUAAUUGAAAUCAUAUUUACUAUAACAAUAUAUAUCGCUCAUACUUGAUUAAACAAUAAAUCAGUAUAAAUCGGAUAUCUGCUGCCACCUCUGCAGGAAUUGACGAAGUUUUUGCCUCAAUUGUCAAGGAGCUCAGAUCCAGAAGAAUUGUUGACCGCCCCUCAAAAAAAGAGCCAUGGUAUAAAAAGUGCACACUUCUUUAG